AUGUGGCGCAUCUGGAGAUGCCGGCUGUCCUUUCUGUUUGCGACCGGCUGCCUGCUGGGCGCUCUGACCGCCGGUCUAGGCAGUCAGAUGUCGGACUCGGUCGGUCGAAAUGUGCAGGCGCCAGCUGGCGUUGCAGACGCUUCACAGGAAGCAGGGGACGUCGUCGAGGAACGGACAGAGAGGACCGAACAGCAAGUAUUCGCCCUAGGUCCACCGCGUCGACACUCCUCGGAAUCGCUUUUUCCACGGAACGCCUCAGUGACGGCCAGGAGGAGGCGGAACAGACGCAUCGCCCUCAUAGCCACUGCAGUUGGCGUUGCCGUGAUCUUGGCUGCGCUCUAUGUAUUAAGGCGGCGCCGGGCACAGCCACCACAGGAGCCGGAACCACCCACGCGACUCCGUACGCCGCGUCCCAGGGCUCCUUCCGGGCAACAGCAGCCUUCUGAGUCAGAGCCGCCCGCGGGAGUUCCGAUGACGCCUGGUUUCCUUACACUUCCAUUCACUUGCUUGCGUGACACGAAAGUAACGUUCUUUGGACCGUCGGGCCGCCAACAUGGCUUCACCGCGCUCUACGAUCCAUCCCCCAAUAAACGCGUUGCAACUGUGGACGCAGGGACAAACAGAUUGUUCAUUGGUGGGGGUGGAAUGAACGGGGAGUUCGCAAAUACCAUCAUCGAGGAGGCAAGACGAAACCGAAUCCCACUGACUGCCACGGAGCUUUCAGCAGAGAGCCAAGAAAUACAGGAACGCCUCCUUCGCGAUGCAGAGAGACGACCGGGGACACUGGUGGAGAUAGACAGUGGGAGAUUCUCCCGAGUGUUUGCCAGGUCCUUUGCCUACGUCGCGAUUGUCCCCAAUACAGUUUGGGAUGAGUCCGAGACCGGUAAAAACGUAGGUGCAACCUUUCUGCACAUUCUCAAGCCAGAAGUCACUCCGCAUGGCAACCAGAUGAACGACGUCAUGCUCUACACCGUGGCGCCUUUGGGUAAUGCAUCCGACAGCGCGUAUAAUCUGGCUUAUAAGGCUACGAUGCUGGGCAUUGUGGGAGCAGUCUCCGAGUACAACAAAACGCCUUGGGGGGAAGUGAAACCAGUGGAGGCGAUUCGACUUCCCCUGUUGGGAGCCGGGCACUUUAGGGGACGUCGCGGCCUCCAUUCCAUUGGGAGGGCGAACGCUGUAGCGGUCGAAGCGGCCAUCACGCGGUUUGACCCGCGCGUCGAAUUGCAGUUUAUGUACGAGCCUAGCGACGCAGCCCUCCGUGGCUUGAUGGAAUCUGAAAGGACGUACACGUUUCCGCAAGGCGACUGACGUGCCAGGAAUCCACUGUGGACCAGAACAGGUUCCUAGCAUAAUCGAACGUGUCUGCGAGCUCAUUCCUCGCCACGAACUGAAUAGUGACAGGUGACGCUUACGACACGGGCAUUUUAGGAACCUCUAUGCAUGGCAGUGUUAUUCCUUGGCCGGGUUGUACACUCUCAGGGGACCCUUCUCUCCCCGUGCAUAACCAAAAGCCAGUGAGGCAUCAAAUUUCAAUCUGGACUUCCGCUUUCAUGUCCCGAAACGUGGUUUCAUGUGCUUAUGUUCCGGCUCUUAAGGUUAAACUCACCCUUCUGGUGAACAGGUUCAUCGGUCAUCUGCGUACAACGCGGACAUUUGCAGCCUGCAAGACAGCGAACAUUGGAAAUAUGGUCCAGUGCUGUUGUCAUACUAGCGCUCUGGCAUGGUGCCCGCCAGGCUUAAUUUUUUUGUGAAGAGUGUUUAUUUCUCUUCCAAUGUCUCUUUGCACAGCGUAUGGCUGAGCAUGCACUCACUUUCCAGUCGUGGAUUGCAAAGCAGAGAACGCAGAUACUGUCGCACAGUGAGACAAAUGUAAAUAUGUUCCCGGCUAAACAUAUAUUCAAGCGCUCUACCGUGUUGCUUUCUACCCCGUGGACAAAUGGAGUGCUCCCAGAUGAAGGGAUACGAACAACUCGCUUAUUAAGUCAUUUAUCCCAAGGGAAAUCAUGUGGAAAAGGCCUCUCAUAAUCCGCUCCCACAUUCACCAGUGGAGCCACAUCCCACCAGACAGGAAUUUCCAAGAGCAUGGCGCGAGACUGCUUUUGUUCAGUACGGGAAUCGCGUCCGUCAGCCAGCCGAUACGUGCGAGAAGGACUGUGGCUUCUGCACCGAAGGAACUCUGUUCGAUGCUUUUUUCUGCGGUCGCUGUUUUGGGGUUCAGAACAGUAUACAGGAACUCAUGUCGCCGCAUGGGCUGUCGCGAGGUCUCGACCACUCACAAACUGACUCCACACUGACAGAAAAGAGGAAGCAUUCCAGAAUGUGUUGUAUAUAUUCCGUAGUGUACAUAAGCUAGAUGACGGGAAUUGCGAAGCCUGUGCGUCUUGAUUCGAGCGGCGCUAGCGUCCUUGUGGGACCAGACGAUUUCAGUGCUUUGACUUGAGAACAUUUUACCCAAACUACGACAAGCAACGAGCUGGCCAGCUUUGCUGCCUCAGAAGGCACCCAGUAUGGUCCAAUAACGGCGGCUGUUAAUAGAGGAUCGUCCUCCUUGAAUGCGAACCAACGCAAAGCUGUGAUCUGACGUGUGCGUCGCGAACUGUGUCUGCUACUGGGUUGCCACCCGAGGCGUGGACAUGGGGGCGCCGAAGGCCCCCCGACGUUGUUUGUCCAUGUUUGUUUCACUACUAGUUUUGUCUUGCGAGUUUCAUGAGGAACGAUGAUUGUAUCUUCGGCCUCGUCAGUGUUUCAUAUGUUGUCACGACACGCGUUGUAGCGCUUGCUGUGUAAGCAUACUCGAUAAUCUCAAGCGUUCUGGUAAACUGGCACGCGCGUCACCACGAACGCGCUAACAUGUCCAGAACCAGAUUCAGUGUUUGAUCUUCUUUGUGUUGAACGUGGCGUCGCUGAAUUUUAGUUGUGUCGCGCCCUUCCCGUGUGACGUCGACUGUACAGCACGAUCUCAGUGGAUGCUUGUGUCGUUCAAAUACCCCUGCGGGAAACUCUGUUGCUAGGUUGUAAGAGCGAAACAUAUUCCUGCCGCGACGUUACCCUUGGCACCCUGAACGGAAAGAUGUGGCGCAUCUGGAGAUGCCGGCUGUCCUUUCUGUUUGCGACCGGCUGCCUGCUGGGCGCUCUGACCGCCGGUCUAGGCAGUCAGAUGCGGACUCGGUCGGUCGAAAUGUGCAGGCGCCAGCUGGCGUUGCAGACGCUUCACAGGAAGCAGGGGACGUCGUCGAGGAACGGACAGAGAGGACCGAACAGCAAGUAUUCGCCCUAGGUCCACCGCGUCGACACUCCUCGGAAUCGCCUUUUCCACGGAACGCCUCAGUGACGGCCAGGAGAGGCGGAACAGACUCAUCGCCCUCAUGGCCACUGCAGUUGGCGUUGCCGUGAUCUUGGCUGCGCUCUAUGUAUUAAGGCGGCGCUGGGCACAGCCACCACAGGAGCCGGAACCACCCACGCGACCCCGUACACCGCGUCAUGAAUUUCCCCCCCGGAGGAAGGGCGUUUGCGGAGGCCUUCAGGCGUUCCGCCGCCCCUGCAGUCGACGACGUACCAAUGCGGUUGCUUGGAAGGCUCAAGAAUAAGGCUACGAUUGCGAGCCUUUUGGGAGCUGUUACUGAGUUCAACAAGACGCCGACGAGGGAGGUGAACCCGGUGCAUGUGGUCGGUUUGCCUCUGCUGUGAGCCGGGCUCUUUGGGGGUCAACGCAGUCUUGAGUCCAUUGGCAAGGUCAACGCAGAGGUGGUCGCUCUGGUCAUAUCGGAAUUUAAGCCUGGAAUCGAAUUACAGCAUAUGUUCGAUCCCAGCGACGAGGUCUAUAAAGCUCUUCAGGCAGCUGAAGAAAGAUAUAUGCCUCCAUAUCCACGUUCAAGUGCCUGGCACUUCUGGUGAACGAAAUCGCGUCCGUGGUAUUGUCGAACGUGUCUGCGAGUUCGUCUCAUGGGGAACCACAAAUGGCAGGUGCUGCCCGGGACACUGACAUUUCCGAAAAUACUGUGCGAGGGAUAGUUCAUGGCCCGAGUGUUCGUUGUGAAAGACCCUGCUCUCCCAACGGAUCCUCCACACACCAUAUGAGCUGAAUAGAAUGCAGCGCUUCCACUUCCACAUACCGAGACAAGGCUGCAUGCGUUAAGUUGCCAGCUCUUUAGAUCUCAAGUACCCCUCUGUGGUAGAGGUCCCGCGGCAAACUGUGCACAGUCUGGACCUUCGCAGGCCCCCAGACAGCGGAACUGAAAUCUUUAUUCCAGAAAAUGUCCUUGCAGCAUCGUCCAUCAGAAGAAGAGACCGACGCCGUGAGCUACUGACUACAGAGCGUCUCCCCUCAAGGGAUGCGCAUGCACGGAUCACGCUAGAAGACGAAUGCUCGCGUGAAGCACUUCUGCCGAACGUAUCGCUUUCCCGCAGGGCUGUGCCGAACUACUUUAGAAACCGAGACUGCUUAUGCGGGACGCGAGACUCGAGAAUGUGGCCAGCGCUUGAAAUCCAAGUUCGCUCUGAGAGAGGCGCCUCGCUUGGAAGGCGGUUCGAAAGGUGUGAGCAGCACAGGAUCGUGCUACACAUCACUGACUGUGUAUUCCUUGCAUCCGAAAUCCUAUUUCCCAAGAGGGUACCACCACGCAUGUGUGACUUGGCACAAAGACGGUGAUGAAACAACAGCCAGGGGUAAUCAUAAAUCACAGGAAAUGCCUCAGGUCUCUCUCACGUGGAACCUUGGGCAGACAGAUGCGGCACACGAAACGCGUCGCUACCAUCGACUUGGACAAAAGUUUCGAGGGGCUUCCUGCGGGCGCUCUGCAGACUCGUCUCACAGAAAAACACACUGCACAGGAAGCGAAGGCUACAACCUUUUCCCCAUGGAGUGUACGCCAACCUGAGCCUGCCUCGUUUCGCCAGGAUUCUGGCCCAGACGAGCAUCGAAGGUGUGUGUGCACCGACGGCCUUCUGCCGCUGAAUGCAGAC